AUGGGAAAGGGGUCGCAUCCAGAGCAGAAGAUCGUGGAUGUCGCGACGACUCAUCUGGAACAUCUUUGUCGGCUCGAUAUUCGCGAGCCUCCACAUGUCGUUCGUAAGACCGGAAUCAUCUGCACCAUUGGACCGGCAUGCCGUACUGUGGAUAUGCUGCAGCAAAUGAUCCAAAAUGGAAUGAACAUCGCUCGCCUCAACUUCUCUCAUGGCACCCACGAGGUAACGAUUAGUCGCUAUAUUCGCUUCUUCUUGAAAACCGAUGAGUUCAGGGCUAGCGAUGGCUAG